GCUCAUGUUUUUACAGCGCACAUGACAGCAGAGGGCGUCGUGAAGGGAAGCUUCAUUUCGAUAUUAACAUUAGCUGCUGAAGGAUGCACGCAAGGACAAGAGAGAAGUGCUAGACCACAGUGUGAGAGACGAUCUACUCCAAGUCUGCUGACUUGGACACACUUGAGUGGGUGUGGGUGUGGAAGGGUGGAUGUUUGUAUGGAUGCGCUUGACUGCAUGCGGAUUUAGGACCCUGGCCUGAUGGAAAAGAGAGACAGGAAGCCGGGAUAUUUUGCCAGGCUGAAGAGGCGGAGACAGCUCAAGCAGAGCCAAUCAGAGAAGAGUGUGACUGAGCAGAACUCGGCAAUCAUCUCCUGUCCAGAUGUUCCAAAUGACAGCGACCCCAACAAGAAGACGGACAUACAGAGAAUAACAGUAAAGGCACCUGCAGGCUCAGAUGAUGGCUGUAAAAGUAACAAUCAGGCGAAGAGGGAGAAGAAGAGACCACCAGGAACAGUGGAGUACUUUGUGGGACCAGAUGAUUCCCUCAACAGCAUUGCACUCAAGUUCAACAUCACCCCAAACAAGCUGGUUCAGCUGAACAAGCUCUUCUCUCGCAGUGUCUACCCCGGUCAGAAACUGUUUGUUCCUGACGUGAGCCAAUCAGAAACUGACCUGAAGUCUCAGAGUUCCUCUGAUCCCUCCUUCACAAAUGGCUCAUUGGAGAAAGCACCACAUGACGGAGUUUCAAACUGCACGUCAGCAAAGUCCCUCCGGCGUGAGCUGUCCCCAAACUCAGAGGAUGAGAGCCCGGCAACGGUUAAAUUCAUCAAGAUGAGCUGCAAAUAUUUCACAGACGGCAUGGGAGUGGUGGGUGGCGUGCUGAUUGUGACCCCCAACAACAUCAUGUUUGACCCGCACAAGUCAGACCCCCUGGUGAUCGAGCAUGGCUGCGAGGAGUACGGCUUGAUCUGCCCCAUGGAGGAGGUCGUCUCUGUGGCGCUGUAUGACGACGUAUCACGCAUGAAGCUGAAAGAUGCUCUGCCGUCAGACCUACCCCAGGAUUUGUGUCCUGUGUACAGGCCCGGCGAGUGGGAGCAACUGCCGUCAGAGCGAGACCUAAAUCCCUUCAGCCGCUACGAAGCCCUCGAUCCGAAGCGACCAAUCGUCUUAGACGACAUUGAAUCAACCCUCUCAGAAACUGAGGGCGAGCAGACAGCCAAGUCUCCGUCAGACGAAGGAUUCACAGAGUUGGAGCCGACUGUCAACGGGAGCACUGAAGAAGCAGAGGGGACAUCCUCCUCCAAAACACCCAGCAUCAUCAGCAGGGACCAACAGGAACUAGGACCAAGCUGCCCGGGCCGAGGAGACUUAAAAGACAAAUCAAUCGUGGGGCAAACUAAAGGGAAGCUGGAUGAUGAAGAGGAUGAAGGCGUAGCUCAGAACAGCUCCAUUGAGGAUGGAGAGUCAGUAAAAUCCUCUUCAGAGACUGAAAAACAGGGUGACUCACACGAUAAACCUACAAACCGAGAGGAAACCAAAGAUAUAAAAGCUAAAGGGACCGAAGAGCUGCUAAACGGUGCACCUGAGAAAAUAAUCGGCGCACCAGUGGACCAAAACAGGAAAUUGAGUCUGAAGGAGGCUGCAGACGUUUGUGGGAACUCGAGUCUGAGGAGGCAAAGCCCAGACGGACCAGCAGGUGGGGCUGAUCUCAGCGAGGAGGAGAGACGGAGGAAAAAUUAUGAGGCAGAAGUGAAGUCGUGGCUGCUGGAGAGGAUGCAGGCACCAAUAGAAGACAUGCUUUUCUCAUCAGAGGAGAAGAGUAAAAUCCCACCUAUGUUCCUAUGCUUCAAAGUGGGGAAGCCAAUGAGAAAGUCCUUUGCCACCGGGAUGACCUCUAGCCCCGCCCACUCAUUCGGGGGCUGGGGUAAACAGCCGGAGUACUGGUUCGCUGUGCCACAAGAAAGGGUGGACCAUCUGUAUGCAUUUUUCGUCCAGUGGUCUCCAGACGUGUACGGGAAGGAGGCUAGAGAGCAGGGCUUUGUUGUGGUGGAGAAAGACGAGCUAGACAUGAUAGACAACUUCUUCAGUGACCCUGCAUCCUGCAGCUGGGAGAUCAUCACCAUUGAUGAGGCGAAGCGUAGGCAGAGCUUCGGCAGCUGUGACGGAGAAUUAUCGGUGGAUGCACUGCCCCUACUCAGUGACACCAGUGAUCUGCUGCAGGACACGCACAUUGAGAAGCUUGCCUGUCGCCUGCCAGCCCGUGUGCAGAUUUACCCCUGGAGACUGGCGUACAGCACUGUGAAACAUGGCACCAGCCUGAAGACUCUGUACAGGAGCCUGGCAGACGUGGACAGCCCCGUGCUGCUGGUCAUCAAAGACAUGGAUAACCAGAUUUUUGGAGCUUUCUCGACUCAUCCCUUCAGAGUGAGCGAACACUGCUACGGCACAGGAGAGACAUUCCUCUACAGCUUCUGUCCUGAGAUCAAGGUGUACCGCUGGACGGGGGAGAAUUCUUACUUCGUGAAGGGCAAUACUGAUUCUCUGCAGAUGGGAGGAGGAGGUGGUCAGCUGGGUCUGUGGCUGGACGCCGAACUGUACCGAGGCACCACCACCAAAUGCGCCACCUUCAACAACCAGCCGCUCUCCGCCCAGCAGGACUUCAACAUCCACAGCGUGGAGGUGUGGACCUUCGAGUAAACUCACCUGCUCCCAGCUACUCCGACAUUCACUCUCCGCUCCGAACCCUCAGACACCCCAAGUCUAUUACGCACCACUUGGAGGCAAAUCUAGCUACCCCACAAUGACACUAAAUGUUGUGUGAGAGAAGCGUGUGCAGUCGUUACGUUGACCUGAAACGUCCGUCUUCUGUAGCCUGUUCCGAGGUGGGUUUGACCUGCAGGUAGGUCGGCCAGUUCACGUCUGGUUCCUCCUUCCUUUGAAUGUGAAGUGUGAGAAAGUGUUGCUCAGUUUAUUGGCUGCCUUAGACAUCCGUCGACGCCUCCAGCUUUCCCAGCAUGCAGACUGCCUUACCACCAAAAGCUUACGAAGAGAGGAAGCUGCUGAUGUUACUGUCGAGGUUAUCACAAAAAACCGAAGUGUGUAUGAAAGAACAAGGUAUCCCAUAAUGCUGUAGGUCGAUUUGUUCAGAUGUAAUUAGUUUGGGAAUGUACAGGAUUGUGUGCUGAAGACGUUUGAAACUUUUUUUAUGAAGCGAUGAAUUUCAAGCUUAAAGGAAGGGAGUUUUUUUAUUUUUUUUUAUUUAUUUUUUUUGAUCGUCCACCAUUAAAUUAAUUUCCAGAGCGGAAAAUGUUGUAAUUGUUUACAAUGAAAGUGCUGCACUUCCUCUGAUGGCCAUCUUGUUCUCUUGUCUUUGAGUUUUAGAUGAACCGAAUGAGAAUGUUCCAUCGCAUUUACUCACAAGUACUUAUUUUAAUUCCCCUGUACAAUCCAAAACAAAGCCAGGUUCGCAAUGACCAAAUAUGUUUUUAUUUUAAUUUCACAUACUGUUGUGAGCUCAUCAUAUUUUAUAAAAUAUUUUAGAUUUUUUUAUUUUUGCAUUUUAUUUUUACAUUGUUUUUUUUUUUUAUAAAGUCGUGUUGUUUUUUGUUAGUGGUUGUACUUUUAUAGAGAUGUUGUAAAAUGUUUUCGAUUGGACCCAACAAGCACUAGAAGUGAUUGUUUGUCAGUAUUGAAUUCAUAUCUCAUUCAUUCGACUGAAUUUAUAAAUAUGAUUUUCAUUUGUGGUCGUUGUUCAGAGAGCCAGUACAAGUUUAACAUGAUGUCACUUUGCACUACGGUAUUAAUCGACAGUCAAUGCUGUGUUGUGGCCCUGUGUAAUUAAGCAUUUCCUCCAUGUAAAAAUUGUUACUGAAUACUGUUGCAUCACCACUGCAGGAGGGGAAGCUUCCUGUCCAGCCACAGGUCAGCCUCUGCUUUACUUAAAAAUGGAAAAGGGACCGUGUGUUUUUGCACUCUUGAUAUGCCACUAACUAAAAAUUCAGAUCUACUAACAUGGAAAAGAAAUGUUCGUUUAUAUCCCGUGUAUCCAACACAGGCUUGUAGUGCAUGUAUAUGCAGUACUGCAAAUGUCUGACACCACUGUUAUGAUGAUACCUGCCAUACUCUUCACUAAUGCCAGUUAUCGCUUCAUGUGAAAAUGAGCUUUGUUGUCUUGUGUUGUAACUGUGAAUGCUCCCUGAGUAUUAUUUCUUGUGAAUCCAAAACUGCUGUGAUAUCACUAAGGAUCUAUUUAUUGUGUUGUUAUUGCAACCACAUUUAAACCUAAAUAAAUGUUAAAUAUAUACAGA